AUGGAUGGGGAUUUUGUUGUUGGAGGCGCUUUCUUCAUCCACUACAAACUCCAAACAGUGGUUUGUAACUACACCACUAAGCCCGAAACUUUAAGAUGCACAGGCAGCCCAACAGCCAGGGAACUUCGCUUUUCUCGUGCGAUGAUUUUUGCCAUUGAGGAAAUAAACAACAGCACAGAGCUGCUGCCGGGUAUCAGACUUGGAUAUCGGAUCUAUGACUCCUGUGCUUCAGUACCAGUAGCUGUGCAUGUGGCAUUUCAACUUUCAAAUGGUCAGGACCCUGUGUUUAACAAAAGCAGCAAUUGUUCUCAAACUGGUAUGGUGGUGGCUGUUGUCGGAGACUCUGGUUCCACAACAUCCAUCACUCUGUCACGCAUCAUCGGGCCCUUCAACAUCCCUUUGGUCAGUCACUUUGCUACCUGUGCCUGUCUGUCAGAUAAGCAGCAGUACCCAACGUUUUUCAGAACCAUUCCCAGUGACCAGUUCCAGGCUGAUGCACUGGCCAAGCUGGUGAAUCACUUUGGAUGGACUUGGAUAGGUGCUGUCCGCUCUGACUCUGAUUAUGGAAAUUACGGGAUGGCAUCUUUUCUUGCUGCAGCACAGAGAGAAGGAAUCUGUGUGGAAUAUUCUGUAUCCUUCUAUCGGACUGACUCACGUAGCAAAAUCCAGAGAGUAGCCGAUGUCAUCCGCAGGUCAACAGCCAUUGUUGUUGUGGCAUUUACAGCAUCUGGAGAUAUGAGGGUUCUAUUAGAGGAGCUGGCUCGGGAACCUCCACCACCUCGUCAGUGGAUCGGAAGUGAGGGCUGGAUAACUGACCCAAACUUUUUGAGAUACAGUGUUUGUGCCGGAGCCAUUGGAGUUGCUAUUCAGCAAUCUGUCAUCCCAGGUCUGAGAGACUUCCUGCUGGAUCUUCCUCCCACUAAAGUAGCUGCCUCCUCGGUGCUGAAGGAGUUCUGGGAGGAUGCUUUCAAUUGUAGUCUCGGAAAAGUUUCUGACCUACAGAGAAGAAACUGUGAUGGAACUGAAGACAUUAAAACCCUGAAAAACCCGUACACUGACACGUCUCAGUUAAGGAUAUCUAACAUGGUGUACAAGGCUGUUUACGCAAUAGCUCAUGCUAUUCACAAUGCAGUGUGUCAGGAAACAAACCUCACAACAAGCUGUGACAAAAACACUAGAUUGGCAUACAAACAGGUCAAGACCAACAUGACUAAACUACAAAAAGUAAACUUUUCCAGAAACGGUUAUCCUGUGUCAUUUGAUGCUAACGGGGAUCCUGUAGCUUUUUAUGAGCUGGUCAACUGGCAGAAGAGUGAGAGUGGAGUUAUUGAGCUGGUAACAGUAGGGUACUAUGAUGCAUCACUGCCUAAAGGACAGGAGUUUCACAUCAACAGGAAUAUAUCCUGGGUGGAGGGUGGUACACAAGUCCCAGUAUCAGUGUGCUCUCAGAGUUGUCCUCUUGGUACCCGUAAAGUGUUAGAGAAAGGAAAACCCAUCUGCUGCUAUGAUUGUAUAUCAUGUCCUGAAGGAGAGAUUAGUAACACAACAGAUUCUCCAGACUGUUUCCCGUGUCCCAGUGAAUUGUGGCCUAAUGCACAAAGAGACGCUUGUUUCCCCAAACCUGUGGAGUUUCUUUCCUAUGAUGAAGUCCUGGCAAUCAUCCUGGCUGCAUUCUCUGUUAGUGGGGCCUGUCUGGCCAUCAUAACAGCAGCUAUAUUCUUUCAUCACAGAACAACUCCAAUUGUCAGAGCCAACAACUCUGAGCUGAGCUUCCUGCUGCUCUUCUCUCUGACUCUGUGUUUCUUAUGUUCAUUAACUUUCAUCGGAGCUCCCUCUGAUUGGUCCUGCAUGCUGCGACACACAGCGUUUGGUGUCACCUUUGUUCUCUGCAUCUCCUGUGUUCUUGGCAAAACUGUAGUGGUUUUAAUGGCCUUUAAAGCUACACUUCCAGGUAGUAAUGUCAUGAAAUGGUUUGGGCCUCCACAGCAAAGAAUGACUGUUGUUUUUUUCACAUUUAUUCAAAUUAUAAUCUGUACUGUGUGGCUGUUACUCAGCCCUCCCUACCCGAUGAAGAAUCUGAGCACAUACAAGGAGAAGAUCAUCCUGGAAUGUGCAUUAGGUUCUGCUGUUGGGUUCUGGGCUGUGCUCGGGUACAUUGGCCUGCUGGCUGUUUUCUGCUUUGUGUUAGCUGUUCUAGCUCGGAAACUACCUGAUAAUUUUAAUGAAGCCAAGCUGAUAACCUUCAGCAUGCUGAUAUUCUGUGCAGUGUGGCUCACCUUCAUCCCAGCAUAUGUCAGCUCUCCUGGAAAAUUUACUGUAGCUGUGGAGAUAUUUGCUAUUCUGGCCUCCAGUUUUGGACUAAUUCUGAGUAUAUUUGCUCCAAAGUGUUUUAUAAUUUUGCUUCAACCAGAAAAAAACUGUAAGAAAUUUUUAAUUAUCAAAAAUUAA